GGAAAAGGAGGACUCAGUGCUCCAGGAACCCAAGGAUACGGGUCCGCUCAACAGCAGCAGCAACAGCAGCAACAGCAACAGGAACAGCAGCAUCCCGGGCGGUACCCCUACCCGCAUCAGCAGCAGCGCCGCUCCCCUCAACCAAACCUCUCAUUAUCCCAACAGUCGUAUCCGUCUCCCCCUUUAGAGUCACUCACUCAGCCCAUCGGAUUUCCCGCUGCGAUAGAAGCAGCUUUCUUUGUAGCACAAGCUCUAGGAGCGCCACCACCAGUGGUGGUGAGAAAGCCAAGGAAAGGCGAUAUGGCGACGCCGGGAGGUGGAGAUGCUGAGUCAGCAGAUCCGUUGACCAAUCAGCUUGCAGGGAUGUCCAAGCAGCAGUUGUAUGACCUGCUGGCGCAGAUGAAAGUGCUGAUUCAGACCAACCGGUCGCAAGCACGAGCCAUUCUGGUAGAGAACCCUCAACUGGCCAAAGGCCUGUUUCAAGCCCAAGUGAUGCUAGGGAUGGUCAAGGCGACCGGCGCUGCAGCACCAGAGCCAGCGCCACAGCCGCCACCAGCCCCUCCGUCUCAACAGCGGCCCCAAGGGGGUCCCCCUCUUCCCCAGGGGCCGCCACCGCCCCACCAUGGGCGGCAGCAGGAGAUGAGAGGGAGAGGAGGGGGGUACGGUCGACCACACCCCUACCAGGACCAAGGACAACCUCCCAUGGACCCCUACGGCCAGCCACAGUUCAUGGAUCAGGAGCCUACCCAGCAGCAAAUGCCUCCCCGCCCGCACUGGCAGCACCAACAAGUUCCCCCACACCGCCCCACUCCCCCCCUUCCCCCAGACGCCCCUAUGUACCCCCUAGACGCUCCCCCGCUCCCCCCCCAUCCCCCCCCCGCGGCUGCCCCUGCAGCAGCGCCUGGGGGUGGGGGGGGCUACAUGGAAGGGCCGUCAGGGGGACCGUUGAGGGGAAUGGGGCGGGGGGCGAGAGGGGGGGAUAUGAGGGGAGGGGAGAUGGGGGGGAUGGGGGGUGGGGGGAUGAGAGGGAUGGGGGGGCCAGGGUAUGGGCCAGGGGGAGGCGGAGGGGGAGGAGGUGGGGGAGGUUAUGGAAGGGGAGGGAUGCCAGAACCACCACUGCCAUCACCAGCUGCUGCUCCUGAGGCAUUCCUUCCCUUAAUAUCGCCUCUUCCCCUUUCCUCUUCCCCUUUCCUCUUCCCCUUUCCUCUUCCCCUUUCCUCUUCCCCUUUCCUCUUCCUCUUUCCUCUUCCCCUUUCCUCUUCCUCUUUCCUCUUCCCCUUUCCUCUUCCUCUUUCCUCUUCCCCUUUCCUCUUCCUCUUUCCUCUUCCUCUUUCCUCUCGCCCUUCCUCAGCCUGA